AUGAUUUUGAAGGCGGUGGGUCUUUUGGGACUGGUUUAUUGCGCCACGCAACUGCCUUCUCCACAAAACACUAAGAAUCACAACUUAGAAUGUUAUGGAAGCUCUAAGGAUAUGAAUGUUAUGGCCACUCAGGAUAAAUUACGGGAAAGAGGUGUUUUUGACACCCUUCGCCGUGACUUCAUGGUAGCGUUCCGCGAAAGGGGGUUCGAUCCUAUGCAUGUAAGCAAUCCUUUCCCUGAAAAUGGAAGUCUAAUGCACAUAUGGCAGGGUUAUGAAGACAGGAUUGUGCCGUUUGAACUUCAGAGAUAUGUUUAUGGGAAGGUGGCAUGGAUUGAGUAUCAUGAAGUUCCUGAUGGAGGCCAUUUGAUUGUGCAUUAUAAAGCAUUGUGGUUGUCUGUGUACAUGUUUCAUUUUUCUUUGUCUGAAUCAUCACUCCAUGUAGAACAGAUGCUCGCCCAUAUACUAUGGGAUCAAAAUUUUUAA